AUGGACCGCCUUGCAUGCAAUGUCAUCUAUGUUAAUCGCGUCGUUGCCGAGGAUAGAGUGCUUCGCGCUGCGUCAGACGCCAAUGAACCAGCCCACGAGAAUGCCCACUCGGAUUGGAAACGCGAUGAUGCCAAAGAGCUUGUGCAGCCACUGCUUGACACCUUUGGUGACGUACAUGUCUGUAGCACAGGCGCAUCUUGCCUUUCGACCUUGUUUCAACUUCAAGAUAGCUCUAUGACCAACACGACCCCAACACUGGUGUUACUAGAUACACCCUUUGAUGACCAAAUACAGGACCAAAAUACCCAAUCCAGGUCGUCGUCGCCUACACAUGGUCACGUUUCUCACUCUGUCGAGAUCCACACACCUAAUGAGGAGCUAUACGGCCUCGGUUUACUCCAAAAAAUCAUCACCGAAGCCCACCUGCGCAGCAUAUCCAAGCUCGUCGUCCCCGUGGCCGUCAUUAGCCACCCCGAAAUAGCCGUAUCCAACAGCGGCCAUCAAAUGACCGAUGGCGUCGCGGAAGCCGUUCAACCUCCGCAAGCAACUUUGGCUGCUAAUCGCCGGCUAAUGAGAACAUGUCUAGACCUCGGUGCCGUUGAUGUUCUUAUAAGCCCUCUAAACUCGAAAUGCAUAACUACUUUGGAGAUUUGUGCAUACAAGGCUCAUAGAGACGCCGCCAAGGAGCAGCAAGCACUUAUGGAGGUGGCUAAGGGCCGGAAGCGAUCCUGGGUUGGAGUGAAUGAGCAAAAGCCGUUCGCGUACUUGCGUGAGGCCAUGGUAUCCGGUCUUAUGAAGGGCAUAUGUCGCCUUGAUAGCAACGAUGGCCAAAUUUCCGGCGCCCACAUUGCUGUAUCUUCAAUACGUCAAGUCGAAAUUGCUGACGCGGUGGGACGGUGGCAUUUCUGCGCCCAUUCGUUUUCUGACGAUGAGUUGUUAGUCGCCGCCUUGGUCAUGUUCAAGCAUGCUCUGGCUACUCCUGAAUUGGAGCCUUGGCGAAUACCAGCAGACCAAUUGAUUAGCUACCUUGUUGCUUGCCGUGCAGCCUACAAUACUUUUGUCCCAUAUCACAAUUUCCGGCAUGUUGUAGAUGUCCUACAAGCUACUUUCAACUUCCUGGUACAUAUCGGCGCCCUCCCACCAUACCCAGGGGGACAACAACAAGGCGUGGCCCCAGAAAAGUCACCGAUUGCGGCGCUAUUGAGUCCAUUCGAAGCACUCACACUUCUUAUCACCGCCAUUGGUCACGAUGUGGGUCACCCCGGCGUCAAUAAUGGAUUCCUGGCUACAUUGAACGCCCCAUUGGCACAAUUGUAUAACGAUAGAUCAGUCUUGGAAUCAUUCCACUGCGCUGCUUACUCCCAAAUUCUUCGCCGGUACUGGCCGUCGGCGUUUGAAGACAGAAAGAUGCGCAGCCUCAUGAUUAGUUCCAUCUUGGCAACUGACAUGGGUUUGCACUUCGACUACAUGAAGAAACUCGGUGACGUUCAAGAACGAUUGCAGGAUAAUAAUAGCACCGACGGAUGGAAUGGUCGUCAACUUGAGGAUCAUAAAGCUCUCGCUUGCUCCCUGCUCAUCAAGUGUGCCGAUAUUAGCAAUGUGGCUCGACAUCACGAUACAGCCUUGAAAUGGAUGCACAUUCUGUCCGAGGAAUUUGCAAGGCAAGCCUCCAUGGAGGACGAACUAGACAUCAAGUCGUCGCUCAUGGCGCAGCCUAAGAAGGAUAUCUUGUCCUUAUCGAAUGCCCAGCUAGGGUUUAUGAACAUGUUUGCGAUCCCACUCUUCCAGGGUGUCGCCGAUAUUAUGCCAGCUAUGCGCUACACGGUGGACGAGCUCGAAAUUAAUAAGGGACUUUUCGAGCAAAAAGUGCAAGAGGAAAAGGCAAGGCAGUCACCAGAUGAACUCAGACUGCGUCGAGGCAUACGCGAGGGUACUUUUUCGCCCCGAACCAGGAGUUAUGCGGGCGACAGCGAUACUCAAGACAGCCAAACAACAGCAAGAGCCGAAGCAACAAAGAAUACGACGGAUGGGACAGCGGAAGAGAAGAGCGACUCUCCACAGGUUGUAGCCGAUGUUGGGCUAAGGGACGAACAGCAAGGCCCCACGGCACUCGACGUGCCAGCCGAUAUCGCUGAUGCGGUACCGCACGGUGCGGCCGCACCCCGGCAAGACCUCAACGGAACCAAGUCUGCCUUUGACGCUGUGCGAGAACUCGCUGAUAGUGACCCGUUUAACUGCCGGUCACGAGGUGACAGCGGCACAGAGAGCAAGACUUCACAAUUUGUUCGACAGCGAUGUAGUGAAACCACUGAGGGCAGUGCUUCGGGUGCCUUUGCCGGUGACUGGCAAUCCCAGGCCACAACGGCGACAACUGGGAAGAUGGCUCUCUCUCCGAGCACCCAGGGCACCAGCAUCGUGAGUAACGAGUCUAUGGAGCGAACGCUGAGUGCUACCGGCAUGAAUGUUUCGCCUCCAAGCACCUCGAGUCACGGGUCGCCAGGGACAGUGCUCCGGGAUACUGGGACUGGGACUACGGAAGACGAGUUGAGCCAUGGCGGCAGUAUCGGCAAGGCAGAGGGGAAAUCUCUACGAAAGAAAACAAGCCGAUUUAGGAUGAAGGACUUUCCUUUUUUUAGGAGAAACAAAGCAUCGAGCCCGCCCCUUCCAGCGUCAGACACAACAAGUUGA